UUAUGCAACAGUCACUCUCUGAGCUCUUACUGGUUGCAGGCACCAGCAUGGCUCUGGGGAAGAUGGUGGCAAAGAGAAAGGACACCGGUCUGCCUCCAGGUGCUUGCCACUAGUAGUGCAGAUAGACCAAGGUAGCUGUAUGUGCCUGGGGUGAGGAGAGGGCAGAGAGUGGAGGGCGAUUUUGAAGGUCACUGUUGCAGCCGAAGCCACAUAAAUUUGGGACUUAUCAGAUGUCAGGGAAAGGAACCUGGAGGAGUCAUCAUGGACGGCAAAAUAAAAUUCCUUUGGGAGGGGCAGAGGGAAAAGAUGUAGGCCAGGCGUUGCCUCGCAGGGGCUGUGGUUCCUGCUCUCCCAGGUGGAGCAGUCAAGGCCCUGCAGGGACUAGCAGAGUGGGCAGUUCCCUCUUCCUAUCCCUGGAAGACCCGCCCUGACUCUGCAGCAUCUGUCUGCCUGCUCACCAGGCACAGGCUUCACAGACAACUGUGGAGACAACCAUUCCCAGUCAUGGUCAAGGGCACAUUAAUUUCAGCUAGUUCUGAGGACCUGGGAACCACAGUCAAUGGAGAUGUGUUUCAGGAGGCGAACGGUCCUACCAACGGCUACGCUGCGAUUGCCCGGGCUGACAGGCUGACGCAGGAACCUGAGAGCAUCCGCAAGUGGAGAGAGGAGCAGAGGAAACGGCUGCAGGAGCUGGAUGCUGCCUCAAAGGUUAUGGAACAGGAGUGGCGAGAAAAGGCCAAGAAGGACCUGGAGGAAUGGAACCAGCACCAGAGUGAACAAGUUGAGAAGAACAAGAUCAACAACCGGGCCUCUGAGGAGGCUUUCGUGAAGGAAUCCAAGGAGGAGACUCCAGGCACGGAGUGGGAGAAGGUUGCCCAGCUGUGUGACUUCAACCCCAAGAGCAGCAAGCAGUGCAAAGAUGUGUCCCGCCUGCGCUCGGUGCUCAUGUCCCUGAAGCAGACGCCACUGUCCCGCUAGGUGCCUGCCACAAGCAUGGCCAUAAAGCAUGGGCUGUCCUCGGCACGGAGCAGCAGCUGCUUCAGCCAGGGUGGAAACGGCCUCUGGCAGCUGCUACACAGCCUAUUCAGAUCCUCCCCAUCUCCUGGGGCUGGGAAAGGGACCCCUCACCCACUCACCCUUCGUUCCCUCCUGGCCCUUGGCCCAGCCACUCACGCCUCCUCUCAGUCUACAAAAUUGUGACUGUCCCUCCUGAUGUAUUUUUUUUUCUUGGCUUAAAGGAUGUGUUGUUAACUCUUUUUACACUUAUUUAUUACCAUUCUCAUUUCUCUGGAAGCCA